GGCACUGGCAUCGCGGGAGUCGCCAGGAGUUACCCACGGUGACCCAUGGUCACUCACGCCCGCAGACGACGAGAGCUCGCGUUGCUUCCUCAGUCGGAGAACUCGUUGACAAACGCUUGGUCGUGCUUCGCGAGAUCAACCAAGUAGUUCCGCAGCUACACUCCGAUAUUCCGAUAGAACAGCAUAAUCAUUCUGCUUUAUCACGAACCGCUGAUAAUCAACUCUGGCGAUUGUCAGUUUGACAGUUCUGUACUACAAUAGUAGUGCUACUGCAAUAGUAGUGUUGAAGUGCUGAAGUAUCGCAGUGCCAAAAUAAUAUACUGAAGGAGCAUCAACCCUGAUAAAACCCACUAAGACAGGUGAAGUUGCUGAUCACAUUUUGCGACUGAUGAAGGAAUAAGCUAGAAAUUGCUGCAUUUUCGGGCCUGGUUCAUCUCUCUUGGAUAAUUCAGGUGACGUGCAUGAGUAGGUGUCAUCAACGUUGUACUUUAGUCGUGGAUAGGAAGGAACGAUUGAAAUUACGAUAAAACGUUGAUACUUACAAAGCUGAAACCUAGAAAAAAUGAUCGUUCGUAAUAUAAGGCCAAAUUUCUUGUGAAGUACGCGAAGAUAUCGUAAAAGCACAACCAGAAAAAACGCACGGCGCAUCAGCAAGAAAGACGCGAUGCACCGUGAAUUUUCGAUCUUCUUGAUUGAAGUCAUCGAGUUCCGAUACGAUCGUAGUGACGUAGUAUCUUGGCAAAUUUCGGCUCACACUGACAAAAACGCCUAUCGAGAUAAUCGUCUUUAUCGAGAUUUUCAUGGUAUCAGCGGACGAAAUAGCGGGACCAAUCGUAGGACGAGGUCACCGAGCCGCUAAGGGCACUAGAAAACAAAUAGUUGGGCAUGCGAUGCCCAUUUCUAACAACGAAACCAAAACGCGCGCAAUUGCUGUAUCGGGCAUCGUUGAUCCAGAUCACCGUUCACCAGGAUCCGCAUCGAUCAAGAUCACCGUUAUUCGAGAAUCUUGAUUCGAGAUUCGUGAUCGGAUUCGCUAAGUCCCUAGAUUUUGAGUUACUUAGAGUCUCUUCAAUUCUCAGUUAUCGAGCUGGAAUACCUUCAAUUUAGUGAUCUCUAAAUAACUCGCUCAAGAAAUUUAAAUUAGGAGAUUUGUGCUAUCGCUAGGAUUACGAAGAGGAUUACAGAGACACGCAUAUUUGUGGAAAGCGAUAGAAAUUUUAAAAGAAGAUUUUAAAGAGAUUUUCUCUUAUCUUAUAGAUCACGAAAAUAAAAAGAGCGAAAGAAUUGUAUGAAAAUAAUAAAAGGACGAAAGGUGGAUAACAUUCAGUGAAAGAAAACAGUUUUUUCAGUGAGUGGAGAAACAGUGAGUGGAGAAGAAGAAAUAGCGGGGAAGAUAGGUAGUGAGUGUUAAAAGGAAAUAAAACAGAGAAGGACGUUGCAACUGUAAGACGUUGGCCUCUUUUCAACGCCAUCAGGAUGUCACCCUGGUCCUUUUUCACUUUGUUGAUUCUCGCAAUAAUUUUCGGCGAUGUCCGCACUAGCUGCGCCGAGAGAAUGAGCGGUUUAUACGUAGAUAACGGCUUCGACCAGACAGUGGUCCACCGUGUGGUCAGCCAACAUGAGAAACGCGAGGUCGAGCACGAGAUCUUGAAUUUGCUGGGACUUCCGGAUCGUCCGCGAAACACCAUCGGCAGGACUACGCAGGUUAAGAGGUCAGCGCCCAAGUUCCUACUGGAUAUUUACAAGAACGCCCUUGGCGAGGACGACGAGGAGAAGUCCAUGCUGCAUCGCCGGAAGGUUGGGGAAUUCGACCUUACCGGGCAGGAUCUAAAGGCGAUCGCUCAGAGCGAUGUCAUCAUGACCUUCGCGCUACACAAUCGUCACGUUCCCGGGGUAAGACAUGAAGGUGGGAAGAGACUUUGGUUCAACGUGUCCGAGGUCCCACCUGGAGAACAUAUAAUUGCCGCGGAACUUCGGUUAUACCGCCACGCGGACAUGAAGAAUCAAAAAGAACAUCAAUCCUACACAAUCACAGCGUACCGGGUGUUGAAAACUGACGAAGGCAGACGAAGAUUGAAAUACGUCGAUUCCAUAAACUCAACGACCGGCAAGGAGGGUUGGUUAUCACUAAACGUCAGUGAAGCACUCGGACACUGGGUGAACAACCCUGAUGGCAACCGAGGAUUGUACCUCUCUGUACAUCUAGCCGGAGGCUCAUUGCACGAGGUGAGAAUAGAAGAUAUCGGAAUCGUGGGAUAUCGAGGCGACCUUGAUAAACAACCCUUCCUGGUGGGCUAUUUCAAGAGCUCGGGUGUAAGAGAAUCCAAGGUUCGGCAGAAACGUGACGCCAAGAGAAAGAAGAAGAGCGAGUCCUCCAAUUGGGAUCACCAGAACAAUCCUUAUAUCGAAUCCGCUGCGCAGCAUCAUUCACGAACUUGCAAGAUCCAGACACUGUACGUCAGCUUUCGCGAUUUGCAAUGGCAGGAUUGGAUCAUCGCCCCAGAUGGAUACGACGCGUACUACUGCAGCGGAGAAUGUAAUUUCCCAUUGAACGCUCACAUGAAUGCGACCAACCACGCUAUAGUGCAGACACUGGUGCACCUGGUGAGCCCGGGAAAAGUACCUAAGCCUUGCUGCGCGCCCACCAAACUGUCGGCUAUUUCCGUACUAUAUUUCCUAGAUGAGAGCAACGUGAUUCUCAAGAAAUACAAAAACAUGGUUGUCAAGAGUUGCGGCUGUCAUUAAAUCUUAUUAUUAUCUUUUUUAACUAUCUGAUAACACUCAUCGAUCGUCAAGUCAAUCUACAAUUAAUCGAACAAACGAUAUCUUUCCAUUAAUUGUCAAAUUCUAUUACGCAGAUCGGAUAAUGAUCUCUCGGAGUCUGUUGAUUUUUAGAAAAUCCAACAAAAGUUGUUGAUUUCUGGAAAAUUUAACGGCAACAAUGUAACCACAUCGAAUGAGAUGUUAAAGGAAACAUAGUUAGCAAUUGUACACGUGUAAUCCUAUUUCGAAUAUAUUGUAAAAGUUUGCGCAUGUAAGAGUUAAUAUGUAGAUUUAUCGAAAUAGUCAGUCGAAUAUUCAACAACUACAACGAAUGAGAUAGUUACUCAAGGAAUAAGAUCUACUGGUCUCGUACCAACAAAGACAUUGAAAUUUUAUAAUUUCUUCAGAACAUAUAGUAAGACUAUAUGGACUAUAGGACUAUAUGGACUAUAGGAAUGUAUAGUCAGAAUGAUGUAUAAUACACAUUAAUAUAAUAUCAUAGUCGAUUUAAAAGUCUACUAUAUGAUAUUGAUAAUUUAUGUGUUUCUAUGACAUUUUUUAUUGGCCAAAAUAUAUUGUAAUAAAAUAUGAAUAUGAUAUGGAAA